CAAGGCCUUAAAUGCUGAGAGUUGGAGAGCCAAGAAGCCAAGCCGGGGAAGCCCCAGGCCCGAGGGUCCGGCCCAGGGUGUAGCGCAGUUCUUGGUCGACAGGGAUGUGGUCGUCAAGCCUUCCAGCUCCUACCUAGCUGGGCCUGGCGUCAGUAAAUGCCCCUUGACCCCUCCGCACAGAAGAUGCGUGAUAGGAUGUGAUCCUUGCUAAUGACUCCAUACUUACUCUCAUAAACACUCGUACUGGACUAUUCUGCUGAUUGAUGAGCACACAUUAAACAGUUCGAAUGAACUGGUAUUUUGGGAGUUAAUGGAUCCAGAAGAAAGCCUUGAGUCAGACAGUACAGAAAAAUCACUAUCUUCCUCACAGCAACUAUAUGAUGAUGAAUCCCAAGAGCCAGAGGAACUCAGCAUGGAGAACCCCCUCCUACAGCCUGCUCUCACGGGGGAUGUAGAAGGUUUGCAGAAGAUUUUUGAGGAUCCUGAAAAUCCUCAUCAUGAAAAUGCCAUGCAGUUUCUCUUGGAAGAAGACAUUGUUGGGAGAAACUUGUUGUAUGCCGCUUGCAUGGCCGGGCAAAGUGAUGUCAUUAGAGCUUUGGCAAAAUAUGGCGUGAAUCUGAAUGAGCAAACCACCAGAGGGUAUACACUCUUACACUGUGCUGCAGCCUGGGGUCGUUUGGAAACUUUGAAAGCCCUUGUAGACCUGGAUGUUGACAUAGAAGCUUUAAACUUCCGGGAAGAAAAGGCUCGAGAUGUUGCUGCUCGAUACAAUCAGACUGAGUGUGUUGAGUUUCUGGACCGGGCAGGUCCGGUAAAAAGUGCCAAAUCUGCAACCUAACAGUGAUCAGAAGAGAAGUCAAAAUUAUACUGAGCACACCCUUUGUAAAAGCCUGCAUUUUCUUCUAGUAGCAGGAAAGUCAAAUCUAUUCAUGCCAAUUGGAGUCAAGAACAAUAGAUGUUUUAUAAAAAUAUUUCAAGUAUUAACUUCAGCACUUUGUUUUAUCUGUUCAGCCUCUGGUCUAAUCUGGAACAAGAAAAUAUUAAAAAUUGUCUUCUGGUUAUUAACUAUUACCUUUUUGGUCCAAAUUAAAAUUCACUUCUAAGGUGGAGGAGGGGUAUAGUUUCUAGGUAAAAGUCUUGUUUAUCUUUAACUUCUAUUUAUCUUUAAAUUAACAAAAGUACAUUCUGAGUAGUUGUAUAUGUAGAAGCUGUUCCGUGCUCUAGGUUUGGCAGUGUUAAUUAACACUGUACCAGAACCCAUGCCAUUUCUUCUCCUGUCCUAUUUUCAAUUUCUUUCUUUCUUUGACUUAGCCACCAUAAUUAGUCACAUAUUGAUCUUUUUUUUUUAAAUUGUGAAAAUACUGUACAGAGGGG